CCUCCUCCCAAAAUGCCUGUCUCGUCAAAAAAACGCAAGACCGUUGCUACAGAACCGGAAGUGCAACCCAAGAAGAAAGUCAAAGUCACGCAUGAUGAUGUUGAAAACAAGAAGAAUGCGAAGGACAAGGGCAAGCGUCGCGAGACGGAUGCGGAGGCUGAAUUCCAAGUGAUCCAAGCCUCACUUGUGGUUUCUGUACCUCCUGCCUUUGCCGACGAUCCUAAAAAGGGUGUGAACGAGAUGCUGGAUUCUAUGAUAAUGAGGAAGCCCAGGCAUAUACCUGCACUGAGAGGCGUGGUCCUCUCGCAUUCCAAUCUCGUGUUUCUCACAAGUACUGCUGCUAUCAACACGGAUUGUCCCUUUCUGAUAUGCCGUGUACAAUUCGACGCGACUGUGUGGAGUCCUCGCGUGGGUAUGAAACUAGUCGGGAAAAUAAAUCUCUCUUCUCCGGAUCAUGUGUCUCUACUUCUACAUCGAACAUUCAAUGUAUCGAUCCCGCGCCACCAUAUUCCUGCAGACGAUUGGGAAUUUGAACAGGGUCCGUCUGAGGACGAUCCUCCCGAGGAUGCAAGCAACGAAGAAGUAGAUGAAGCUGCCGACGAGAAUGCCGAAGAACGCGUUACUGGGCGUUGGGUUCGAAAAGACAGCGGUCAGAAGCUGGGAGCCGAAUCGAGAUAUCUGGAAUUCACGGUCAUUGGACUUGCAGUUGCCAACGAAAUGCUUUCGCUAGUUGGAUCAAUACAACUUGACCCGUUUUCUUCAGACCAUGUUCCCUUGACUGCCAGAACCAAGCCUAAUCUCGCGUCGGAUCCUGCGAGGAACAAAGACUCCGUCAGCGAUGUUGAUGAUUUGGAAACGGACUCAGACGAGGAUGAGUGAAGGCAACUGAUUGGGUUCUCAGUAGGGACAAGCAUCAUGAUGUACUUAGUUUGCUCACUUGUGUACAUCCAUCCCAUCACGCCUACAUCUUGCCAUGACCACAAAUCCGUCUCAUGUUCUCAUUGCGCGUAGUUCACGCGGCCAUAACCCUUCUGCGUCUCUGUCUAGUCCAAUAGAGACUCAUGCGGCAGCGGCGGGGAUUUUCCGCUCGACGGGCUCUCCGCCAUGGCUUCUGGAAGAGUGCGAGACAGACGACAUCGUAUCCGACCUGAGCAUCGAAUCUGACGAUGAAGCCAUUGAGAUCAAUGAGACGUUCGUGAAGAACAGCGCGUUUCCGGGCACUGUGAAGAUUGUGGUAGAAAGCACAACGUUCUGGGCUCACAAGGAGGUCUUGUUCUUUGCCUCACCAUUCUUCGAAGCUGCCCUGAGCGGGAAUUGGGCAGAAACUGGCCGUCCGCCCUCGAUGUCCUCAGUCAUCACUAUUUCCCAACCGCCAUCCAACCCCGGCGAUCGAACGAGCCACGAGAUUCCAACUGAAAUGACCUUCGCGCCCAUCAACCCAGAUCACGACGCGGACGAUUCGGAUACUGCGAAGGACGGUGCAGAAAGCGCAAGCGAAGGCAGUGACAACGAAGCUGCAAGACAGGAUGCCAAGGCUCAAGCGAUCGACGAGAGCCUUGCGAAAUUGCAAAGCAGGUCGGGAAUUUCAAGCAAUACAUCCACCCUCAACAUUCCUCCUGCACUGGCCAAAAUCAAACGCCGCGUCAGAAGUGGACCGGACGCCGUGAUCGUACUCAAAGAAGAGAGGGCCAGCACCUUUCACGAUUUUCUGAAGUUUGUCUAUCCUCACUUGGAAUGCACGAUAACGUGGAACAAUGCGGAAAGUCUUAUGAACAUCUCACACAAGCUAUCUGUGCCGACACUACAACGAGAGUGUUUGAAAUUCUUGCUCACGCACGCUGCCGGACGCCCGAUCAAGGCGCUGCGCAUUGCUGAGAUCUUCGAGGAGGAGGAGCUGUACCGAGAAGCAAGCCGGUUUGUGCUGGAUAAUCCAGGUGGUUGGACAGAGCAAGAACUCGACACAUUAAGCCGGGACACACUUUUGAAACUGGAAAAACGUCGAAAUUGGUUCCUUGAACGGGUUUUGAAGCUUGGUCUGACUAUGAUCGCCAAAGAAUAUCAAUGUUGUUCUACUUGUCCAGAUUCAGGCACCUGCGCCAAGUUACUGGAGGAAAAAUGGAAACAGGCUUACCAUGCGAUCUUUCGGUUUGGCCCACCGCAACCCAGCAUGGUUUUCCGCUUUCUCCGGCAGUUGGAAGGGAUCAACCCGCCUCUCUCGUUGACGCAUUUGAGUUGCCAAACGACAGCCAAAGCCUUUGUUGCUACAUUAUUUGACAGGAUGUUUUCACUUGGUGUCCGGGGCAGUGGCACGGAAGCGCCGUUGAACGCACGGUCUGCCGCGACAGUAGCCGCUGGCCCCCGGCGACAUUUCCUGUACUGUUCGCUCAAGCCUGAGCCGCAGCCUCAGAUCAAGCGAUCUAGGGAGACUGUGAUAGCAUAGUAAGACAGUAAGUAUAAGACAAUAUAAUACAAUCCAUCGGAAGGGUAUUCUACCUUAAUAUAACUAUAACUACUAACUAGGUAAAUGCCUGAGGCGCAUUUUCGAUCAGCCACUCGAUCGACAGAGCUUUGCCAGCCAUAUCGCUGAAUUCAGCUCCUGGAUCGGCAGACCGCAUGAGUGUGGCUGCAAUGAAAAAGCCGUCAGUCAAGGCGAAUACAUAACCGAUGGGAGAAUCACUCACGACCAAAUACGACGCCCAAAUUGCGGGCUGUCAUCAGAUUGCGCUCGCUUCGCUGGUGGACGCUGGUGGGGUUGUCAGUAAGCCAGGUGCGCCUAUAAAAAGGGGAGUGGACUUGCCGAUGCAGGUGGAGCAUGACUGUCCGCAGCGUGCAAUAGUGCUCGAUGGGAAGUUUAUUCACCAGCUCGAGUAGUGUACGGUUCUUGACGGUAGGAUCCCGAUUCUGGACAGCAGACAUGAACUGCUCAUGUAGAUCAUAAGUGAGCAACGGGGUCGGCAGCGACCGGAAGUACGACUUGAGCACAGAGGUCACGCUGCAUAUGUCGUUGAAACGGUCCGAGUCGCACAGAUCGAAUGCAGCGUAAUUCCCUCGUUCGAACAACUGCGUGAUCGCCUUCGACUGGCCGGAACCCCCGGUCUUGCGGUAGAUUCCUUCGUAGUCCAUGGCAAGGGCCUCGACGGCAUCUAUGCACUUUUCGACAAUCAGGGGUAUCUGCUGGUCGCCGCCCUGAGCGCCGUCGGCGUGUGCUUGUUCAACCAGUUCUCGUCCGAACAUCGAAGGCGCUAGAUGUGGUGUUGAGACCAACAACACAAACAGACAAAGACCG